AACCUUCAGGAAUUCGUCCUUGAACCGGCGCCAGCGGGGACCACCAUAAAAUGCAGGAUAUCCAGAGAUAAGAGGGGAAUAGAUAAGGGUUUCUAUCCUACAUACUACCUCCACCUGGAGAAAGAAGACGGUAGAAAGAUAUUCUUACUGGCCGGCCGGAAACGGAAGAAGUCGGCCACAUCAAACUACUUGCUGUCCAUCGACCCCACCGAACUUUCCAGAGACAGUGCGUCUUUUAUCGGGAAAGUUAGAUCGAAUCUAAUCGGUACCCAGUUCACCAUCUUCGACCAGGGUCGUACCCCGAAAGACAGGAGUGUUGAUGAAGCCAGGAGAGAAUUAGCUGCCGUGGCUUACGAAACGAACGUACUUGGCUUCAAAGGACCUCGCAAGAUGACCAUCAUACUGCCGGGCAUGAACCUGGAGCAUGAAAGAGUUGAAAUAAGACCCAAAACUGAGUCUGAUGGCUUACUGGAGAGGUGGAAGCAGAAGAGGAUGACGGGAUUGCUGGAGCUGCAUAACAAAUCUCCCGUCUGGAAUGAUGAAACUCAAUCGUACGUCCUGAACUUUCACGGCCGGGUGACUCAGGCGUCAGUAAAAAAUUUUCAAAUCGUUCACGACAAUGAUGUUGACUACAUAGUAAUGCAGUUCGGUAGGGUGUCAGAUGAGACCUUCACGAUGGAUUAUGCCUACCCCAUGUGUGCCCUCCAGGCCUUCGGCAUCGCCCUGAGCAGUUUCGACAGCAAACUGGCCUGUGAAUAA